AUACAAUAUAAAUGUUUAAAAAAAACUUGGAAAAAACUGAUUAAUAUCCUCUGAUAUCUUUUAUGAAAGGAAUAAUUUUAUUUGCCGGUAUUGGCUAAACUGGUAUUUCGAAAAUUACCGAAUGUCAUAUGUUAUUUGACUUUGAUGAUGAUUUUUUAAUUGAGAAAAUUACAUAUAACUCCUUUAGAUUUUUUAUUAUAUACAAAGUGUGGAUUAAUCAUUAAUAUAUAUUAGUGAACAAUAUAAUAAUUUGUGCUUAGUAGAAGCAGCUGAAUAAUUUUAAAGCAUAUAUUGCUCCUCGUGAUAAAUAUCCAUAUUAACACCUAAAAUUAAGUAUCUUCAUAUACCAUGUCCUCCCCAAUAUAUAUAGAGGAAGAACUGGGUCGAAAAUGGGAUAAAUGUUUAUCAGAUUCUGUCAUAAAAUUUGGAGGUGGAAUAGUACUAGGAUCAGUGUUCUCACUGCUGUUUUUCAAAAGAAAAAGGUGGCCCAUUCUUAUGGGUGGUGGAUUUGGUAUAGGUAUGGCAUAUGCAAAUUGUGAAAAAGACCUUAAUGCUACGAUACGUAGUUGUGAAUUGGUUUCUUCAAAUUUUCAGAAAAAAUAAUAACACUGCCUCUUAGUGCAUAUGUUACUAACUUAUUUCCUGUAAAUUUUAUGUAGCAUGUAUAUAUAUUUUAUAUUAUAGUUAUCACUUUGUUUUUUUUAAUGACUACAUUGUCUACAGUUUACUUAGGAUUGUGAAAAAAUUUACAGUAAAAAGAAACCAAUGCUAAAAAUGAAAUUACAACUUGUUCAUAUUUGGCAAUUAGAUAUAAUAAAUAUUUACACCAGUUA